GCUUUCUCCCUUCCCCAAACCACACUUCAAAAUCCUCUGGUAACCCUUAUUUUAUCUAUUCUCUCUCUUUCUUUUGUGUUCUAAGCAGCUAGAAGCAAUGGAGAGGAAAAGAAGCCAUGCCUCUUUCACCAUGUUUGCAAUGCUUGUUGGAGUGAUCUCUCAGAGCCUUGUCAUUCCUGUAGUAUCCACCACUGUUGAAGAUCAGAAGAACUACUACACCCCAGAUCCACAUGCUGGAAGUCCCCCCUCAGGUUUCUCCGAUUCUCUGUGCUCACACAGUAGUACUCCUCCAUCUCAUGGCCAUGGAAGCUCUCCACCCUCACAUCAUCACAGUAGUCCAAGUACUCCAUCAACACCCUCAGGUGGAAACUGUGGAUCAUCACCUCCACAACAUCAUGAUCCAACAACACCCUCAACUCCAUCAACACCAUCAAACCCUCCCUCAGGUGGAUACUAUGGAGGUAGCCCCCCAACACCUGUCACUGUGAGCCCACCAACUACUCCAGUUGACCCUGGAACCCCUAGUAUCCCCUCACCACCACUCAUUCCUUCCCCAUCUCCCUUCACUGGCACAUGCAACUAUUGGAGGAAUCAUCCAGCAAUCAUCUGGGGAAUCCUUGGCUGGUGGGGAACCCUAGGAAGUGCAUUUGGUGUGACAGGUACUACUGUUCCAGGGUUCAGUCCUGGCCUUAGCUUGCCACAAGCACUUUCCAACACAAGAACUGAUGGGCUAGGAGCACUCUACAGAGAAGGCACAGCUUCCUUCCUCAACUCCAUGGUGAACAACAAGUUCCCUUACACAACCAACCAAGUCAGGGACAGGUUUGUGGCCUCACUCAACUCCAACAAGGCAGCAGAAGCACAAGCCCAGCUCUUCAAGAUGGCCAACGAAGGAAGAAUGAAGCCUAGACCAUGAUGAAAUACAGAUUAAGUAGUAGUACUCUUAAUUAGUUAAUUAGUAUGGUGUGCCAAUUUAUUGAGUUAAGACCAUUUUAUAUUUAAGAUUUCUGUUAGUUUGUGUCAUUUAAGGCUCUCACAUGAUAUGUUCAUUAAUAUGCAUUGAGAUGGAUAUCAUGUUAAUUUCUUCGAAAUUUAAUGCAAAAUUUAUGGUUUUGGUUUGAAUAAAGUUUAUUCAUUGUUGCCA